UUUAUUUUGAAAUUAUCCGGAUGUUGUGUUUAGCGUCACUGUGUGCACGUGUUCACCCUUUUGCCACGCACGUGAACGAAGAGCCGAAAGAGACUUUAAGCCAUGUCCAAAGCUAAACAAAAACGAGCGAAACGUCUCGGCUUCCUCGGGAAAUUGAAGACUAAGGAUGGACAAAAAGAUUAUGCUUCAGGGCAGAUAAAGAAUUCAGAGCAGUCAUCCACGCAGCAUGUCAAAGAACACCGAAAACCAGAAGAAAUCCGAAAGCAUAGGCUUCAGGAGCUCCAGGACAGGCAGAAACUCUCCCGAGAACGAGAUCUGAUGAAGCGAAGGAACUUGCAAAGCUUUCAGAAUGACAUCCUGCAGCGACAAAGGGAUUUUGAACAGAAGGAAAUGGAUAUGCAGAGUUUGGUGAAGAAUGUUAAUUUUGAGAAUGAGAAUUCAAGAAAGGCAUAUUACAGAGAAUUUAAAAAGGUGGUGGAGGCCUCUGAUGUGAUUUUAGAGGUUUUGGAUGCACGUGACCCCCUUGGCUGCAGAUGUCCUCAGGUGGAGCAGGCAGUCAUUCAAAGUGGAACAAACAAGAAGAUCGUUUUAGUGCUUAAUAAAAUCGAUUUGGUGUCAAAGGAAAUUGUGGAAAAGUGGAUAAAAUUUCUCCGAAAUGAGUUUCCCACAGUAGCUUUCAAAGCAUCUACUCAGCAACAAAACAAGAACUUGAAACGCAGUAACAUACCAGUGACACAAGCCACCACAGAGCUUCUCAGCACCAGCGCUUGUAUUGGUGCAGAUUGCUUGAUGAAGCUACUUGGCAACUACUGCCGCAACCUCGACAUAAAGACAGCCAUCACAGUCGGUGUUGUAGGAUUUCCUAACGUGGGAAAGAGUAGUUUGAUCAACAGUUUGAAACGGGCGCGAGCAUGUAAUGUCGGCGCCACUCCUGGUGUCACCAAGUGCCUUCAACAGGUGCAUUUGGACAAGCACAUUAAGCUUCUCGAUUGCCCCGGAAUCGUCAUGGCGACAUCAACGACGGAUGCCGCAAUGAUUCUUCGCAACUGCGUGAAGAUUGAACAGCUCGUUGAUCCUCUUGGGCCCGUUGAAGCCAUCCUCCGACGCUGCAACAAGGCGGAGAUCAUGGAGCACUACGGGGUUACAGACUUUCACACAGCUCUGGAGUUCUUGGCAAUGCUUGCUCGACGCCAAGGCAAGCUCCGAAAGGGAGGUCUGCCUGACACCGACAAAGCAGCAAAGAGUGUGCUGAUGGAUUGGACAGGGGGGAGGAUCAGCUACUUUACACACCCUCCGGAGACACACACCCUUCCCACACACGUCAGCGCUGAGAUUAUCACUGAGAUGGGUAAAGCUUUUGACUGGGAUGAGCUGGAAAAGGGAAAUCAGAAGGUUCUUGCAGAAUCAUCUUGUCCUGAUAUCCAAAUGGGAUUUUGCAUGGAAAACACUGGGAUGACACAAGGUGGCCAGGGUGAGCCACCGUCUGACCUGGAAAUGGUGGGAGGGUUCUUGGAAGAGCCUGAGUUUAAAGACAAAACUAAAUCUAUGGAAGAUGGCCACAAACCAGAGUUUGGACCAAUGACUGUAGAGAUAAAAUCUCAGAGGGUGAAGACUGACCUCCCCUCAAAUGAUGCUGCAUCCAGGGCGCCAGAUUUGAAGGACAUCUUUGGUACAGAUCCUCUACAGCAGGGUCAGGCUCUCCUGGCUGCUGGAAAGAUGAGAAAAAAGAAGCAGAAAAGAGCUGACAAAAUUGCCACAAAACUCUCUGACACCUUGACAGCGGCAAUGGACUUCUCCUUUUCAGAUAACUGAUUCAAAAUAAAAGACUAAAUUUAUCCAUGAA